UCUUCCUCCACCUCCACCUCCAGUUAGCAGGAAGGUGUGGUUGGUGUACUCCGAAGAUAACAAACAGUACAUGAAUGUGGUAAUCAGGUUGACCGAUUUUAUGCGGCUGGCAUGGGGCUUGGAUGUAGUGCUGGACCGCCUUCAUGUUCAAGAAAUGGGCACGAUUGGUCCCAUGGCUUGGCUGGGCCGUCAAAAGAACGAAAUCGAAAAAGCAGAAGGGACGAUUCUGAUACUUUGUUCCAGAGGGGUGCAAGAGAAGUGGAAGGCGAUGCAAAAUGUUAAGGAGCAGAAGAUGAAUUCGAGGGAGGACCGAGAACACUUAAUAGAGGACCUCUGCACCCCUGCCUUAUCACUCAUUCUCCCAGACUUCCAGCAUGCAAAGCCCUACAAUCGCUAUGUGGUAGCAUAUUUCAGCAGCAUCUCCACACCUGCAGACAUACCCUCACUGCUGGAAAUCUGUCCAAAAUAUUCAUUGACUGAAAACCUGCAAGAUCUUUUCUUCCGGAUCCAGAGACAAGAACAGCACCAACCACGCUUGCAGCUAACUGUCAGCUAUGAUGAGCAUCCAAGCUACCGGCGUUUAGUAAAAACAAUUGAGAGGUGCAGGAAAUGGCAGGAACAGAACUUAGGUUGGUUUGAGAAAGAGUGUUUGGUCAUACCAGUUGAGGACCUGGGAGACACAGAGGAGGAAGAGGAUGUGGAUGAUAAUGCAACCCGCAAAGUCUAUCCAGUACCUUAUUGUCCUCAAACUUCAGUCUCUGUGGUGCAUCCAUUUAUCAUGGAGCCAGAUCUAGCCAAGGUUUUAGAUCCUACAAUUGUGAUUGGAACUCCAAGCACCCUAGUUGAACCUUUCCUGUCUCAUGUAGAUCCUUCAGUAUUAAUUGUACAACCAUUACAUCAAGACGUAAUAUCCGAGGCAGUGUGCAUACAAGAACCAUGGGUGGUGGGAGAAGAUUCAUCACUUGAAGGACUCAAUAGAUAUCCAUUGAGACAAGAAGUUUCCAUCCAAUCUGACCAAGCUGCCCUCUCUAUAGAGCAGCUCAUGGAAGCCCAAAAAAGAUUUUUCCAGAAUUCCAUGGAGAUUACAGAUUUGUCCUCUGACAUGGAAUUUAUGGAUGCUCCAGGUCAAGAUUUGCUUGUCCCCAUCAUGGGUCAGCCAGUAGGAGUUGGUGAGCAGCUCCAUGAGAUCUUUCUUGAUGAACAGUUAAUGCCUCCUGCAGUGCACCCUGGUACAGGUCUGCUUGAUAUGCAUUCCAUACAGCUUACAGAUCAGGGAUACAGCAGCUGGAACCCACACGAGAUGGGCUUAAAAGCAAUACAGAGAGAGUCAUUGAAAUUUCUCCUGCAAAAUGAACAAGUAUGA